GAGUGGAAAGUAGCUCAGUGGGUUGUGCUGUCAUGAAGCUCAUGGUGACAGUGCAGCAAUGUGUGUACCUCUGGUGUUUUCUCAGUACUGCAGUCUUCCACUCUGUGUCAGCUGGAGGUGCUUACUGUGCUAAAACAGCAAGAGUGGCAAAUGUUGACGUUUGUUUUGUAGCUCGUGCUGCUGCCUUGGGUUUGCCGUAUCCAGGAGUCCACGGAGCCCCUGAUCUCUCGGCGCCGACUCACCAUGAAAUGCAACGUCCUGGAACGUUCAGUUAUGGUGCAUAUGCUGAACCCCACAUGGACUGGGGCAUACGUGACCAACCAAGAGCAAGUCCUUUUCAUGAUGUGAUGUAUAAACAAGUUCACCCCAGGGGCUCUGAAGGACUCCUACAGAACCGUGGCUCACAAGGAUUCCUACAGAACCGUGGCUCACAAUUUCCACACGGGUACAGCGGCUUUCCUAGAAGACUGCCGGUCAGAACCCCCGAGUCCAGUUUUGAAGAGGUCAAGCAUGCUGCCCCAAGCCAGUUAAGCGCAUCUACUCUGAAUCCCAGAAGUCGUGCACAUUCACUUCCAUUUGCCUACGGUGCGCAUGACCUUGGUGUUGAUGAGUCUGCCCCAAAUAGACAUGGUGUGCCUUUGAGUAGACUUCCCUUGCCUAGAAGUUGGGGUCACCCUGCUGACAAAAAACAUCAAACCAAGAAGGGCUCUGGGAGAAAAGUCCCCUUCUUUCGUUCGUCUCGCCCCUCCAAAAAAGGCAAAGGGAAGAAAAGGGCUCCUGUGCGUGGUCGGUGGAAGAUGAUUUUGCUUCCUGUCCAUCUUGGCCAGCAUUUGCCCAAACUUAUCAAUUCCAAAGAGUUUGUUCCAGGAAAGGCUGUUGUGCAAACCAGGCCAGACUACAACUGUGACCCAAACAGCGGGCUUUGCUCUGCACGGCUGUCAGAAGGUUAACGAGAGAGCCUUUUCAUAAGGUGAAAGGGUGAGCGGAAUGAUUUCAGAAAAUGUUGAGCAGGUUUUUUGUUUUUUGGGUUUGGUUCUUCAGAUAAAUUAAAACUUCUGUAUAAAUAUUAUUGCUUCCUCACCAGUAACUGCUAAAUGCGCUAUGUUCUCCUGCUUUUUUUUUAAU